AUGGACGGCGGCCUGACCGCAUGGCUCCAAGUCCUCGGAAGCUGGCUGAUCUUCGCAAACACCUGGGGCUUAACGAGUUCCUACGGCGUCUUCGAAGCCCACUACACCACCGUCCUGUUGCCGGAAUACACCCCGUCGGCCAUCGCGUGGAUCGGCUCGGUGCAGCUCUUCCUCAUGAUGGCGAUCGGGCUGCCCGUCGGCGCGAUCAUGGACCGGGGCCAUCUGCGGCUGCUGGUGGUCGCGGGCAGCUGCCUGCAGGUGUUGGGCAUGCUGAUGACCUCGCUGUGCACGGCGUACUGGCAGGUGUUCCUGGCGCAGGGGGUCUGCGUGGGGAUCGGGAGCGGGAUGCUGGUGGUGCCCUCGGUGGCGGUGCUGCCGCUGUACUUCUCGGCGAAGCGCAUGCUGGCGACGGGGAUUGCGGCGACGGGGAGUAGCUUAGCGGGAAUCAUCUACUCAAUCAUGCUGCGCCGGCUGAUCGUCCGCAUCGGCUUCCCCUGGGCGGUGCGCGUGCUCGCCUUGAUCAUGCUCGCCGGCUCCCUCACCUGCGCCGCGGUGAUGCGCCUCCGUCCCGGCCAUGCCAAACGCGCGCCCCUGCAAUGGAGGAAAUUCACCUCCGAUUCGUGCCUUGUCUGCUUCACCGCCGCAUUCACCGCAAUGAUGGCCUCAGUCUACAUCCCCUUCUUCUACGUAGAAGACUACGCCCUCGACCUCGCCAUCGACCAAGACACCUCCUUCUACCUGCUCAGCAUCAUGAACGCAACCAGCUUAUUCGGUCGGAUCGGCUCGAACUGGUUAGCUGAUCGAUGGGGCGGCCUCCCCCUCGCCCUCCCCGGCUGUCUUUCGACAUCCAUAAUCCUCUUCUUCUGGCGCUUCGCCACCACCCUCCCGGCCCUGGUGGUCCUCGUCGCGAUCUACGGCGUCGUGUCGGGGAGUAUCGUCUCGUUGCCGCCGGCGAUCAUCGCCAAUCUGACGGACGAUGUCUCGGAGGUCGGGGCCAGGAUCGGGGCGGCGUAUACGGUGGCGGCGGUGGGGGCGUUGAUCGGGAAUCCGAUCGCGGGGGCGGCGCGACAGUACGGGCAGGCCGUGCCGGUGCAGGUGGAGUAUCAGGGGACGUGGGUGUUUGGGGCGGCGGUGAUGGCGGUGGCGGCGGGGCUUGUGGGGGGGACGCUGUGGUUGAGGAGGGUUGGUGGAAGUUGUAAGUAA